UUAGCUAGGUAACGCUAGCUGACACAAGCGAUAGCCUCAAAAUGGAAAGGAUACAUAUUGGCAAGACUGCAGCGGAGGCGGUGAAUGCCUAUUUGGAAUACAAAAGGAUUGUAGGGGAGGACGACGGUGGCAGAUUGUUUACACAGGCUCAGUAUGAGGAGUACAAACAGAGUGUGGUGCCAAGCAGACUGCUUAACCGACUCUAUGUGAGUUUUGGUGUGCCAGGGAGAAUAGAUUGCAAACAUAUCGGCCCGGAAACACCUUGCUUUUGUUCGCACAGAUACAAACAGCAUCGGACCGACUUUAAGGAGCUUCCUAAAGAGAGGCCCAUUUCUUUGCCAUGUCGAGUGCAGGGGUGUCAGUGUGUGACCUACGAGUAUGUACAUCACACACCUCAGUGCGUGCGCUGCCGCUGCAAACACUUGCCAUCAGAGCACAAUGAAGCUGCAGACCACCUGUGUAAGAAAUGUAAUACAUGCACUGGCUUUCAAAGCCCAUAUACUUGUGGGUGUGGACAGCCGGGCUAUGCUCAUGUGACCCUAGUAGAAACGCGGGAAGAGCGGGAAGCGCGGGGGCUCCCGGUGGGAAUGGCUGUGCCAUAUGCUGCCAUGGGCGGCCUGAGUGGAUUCAGCUCAUUAGCAGAUGGCUACCUAAGACUAGACCCAAGUGGCUCAGGUCUCACAGGAAGGAAGAGAAGGCCAAACAUGAAGCGUUUCCAAGGUAACCAAGAGGCCCACUCAUUAAGCCUGCAGGAAGAGGGGUAGAGAACUGAACGAGGUUCUAUGACAGCAGAUUAAUGCUUCUGCCUAAUUACCGUGUGUCCUUCUUGAAAUCACCAGUGAAUAACAAUGAUUGGCUCAAACCUUUUAAAGAACACAAAAAUAUUUUUUUUCCUUUGUACAUUUACUGCUGUUGGUUCAUAAAGCCAUACUAAUUGUGUUGUAUUUUGAAGCUUUAAUUUUGGUGGCUUCAUUAAUAUUCAUAGAGCUCAAUGUUUUGUUUGCUCAUAUUUAAAUGUUUAUUUUCAGAAGCAUCACAUUGAUUUUUGUGUGUAAAUUUAGGACAGUCUUGUCUCCAAUGAAUAAAGUGAAAUAGUUGGUCUAACAUAGAAAAUUAUUUGAUGAUUAACUCAUUGGCCCUAACUAUUAGCAGAGUGCUUUUAACACAAAUAAUAAGGGUCAGUGACAAUUAAUUAGCGUGUGGUUGUCAAAAUGAAUGAAUGGCAUUAAGAUGUGCAGACUUGGAGCGGUUGUUAUUGUUUUAUUACAUAGAGCUAUAAUAUCCACAGCAAAGAACAAUCCACAUUUAAUAUUAUAAUAGUAUUACCAAUGAUAUUUUUUACUGUUACAAUGUGAAUUGUCAGUUAUUCAAAUGUGAAGGUUUGUAAAGGUAAAUUAACAAUUAUGCAAGUCAUAAUCCAGUAACAGCCACUUUCAUCCAGCAGAGGACAGUAGUGGUAUGCAGGCUCCUGUUGAUUUGAGAUGAACUACUUGAGAUGUGAUUAUGUAGGACUUCUGUCUUUGAAUUCACUUAAUUGGUGUUAACUUUCUCUGCCUUCUUCCGAACUAGGGACUGUUUGGCAGAACAAUACUAAUUAUGAAUUGUAAGCAUAUGUUCUCUAUCAAAGCCAGUCAUCUGUGCUACUGUUCUUUGUCACUUUGUCAGUCAUCUGAAGCUAACAACAAUACCCAGCGAAUUUCGAUUUCAGUCAAUACCACGCUAAUGCACUCUUAGCAAUUCACUUGCUGAAUCAGGCCUACAUGCUGUAUCUACAGUGCUAGUAGAAUGUCUCAUUUAUUUACAUUUUUAAAACAAUUUUCAAAGUACUAAGUACUGAACUGUAUCUUUUUAUCUUAUUUUUUUUGGUAAAUGUCCUGCUUGUUGAUUUGGGUUAGUAUCUUAAAUGUAGCACACAGAGAUUUCAUGGUCUUUUCCUUUUACCCUUACUGUAGCAUUUCAAUUUGUAUGUUAAGUUGACCAUAAGUUCUGAGGUUGGCAUCAGUCUUGAAUAGAAUUGGGGUCAGACCGCUGGCUGUGCUCCCCGACAAUGUUUAAGGGUAACAAUGUUGACUGAGUCUACGCUCGCUAGAGGUAUUGUUGCAAGGCUGUGAAGACUAACCUAUCUAGUUUCGGUAUUCUGCUGGCAGGAGAGAUUCUCAGCCAUCGCUAAGGGUCUGUCUCUACUUUGCCCUGGCCAGUUCCUUCCUGUAAACACAUAGAGAUGAUGGUAUUUUAAAAAUGCAUUUAAUUAUAACAAUUACAGAACAGUUGUCUGUUUCUUCUUUUGCAGACCAUCAAUACUAUAAGUUUAUUAUGCAGAAGUUAAAAGUAAAAAAGUUU